AUUGCUCUGAGCGAGCCGAUCACUGACUGCUGUUGUGUUUUUGUGGGAGAUUUUAUAUGACAAAGGUUUUACAUCAAUGCGAGAGAUGUCUGUAAACAACACAAAAGGACCUUGUGAGGGCAACCUAAUCAAUCUGAAUUUUACGCACAGCUUUUUGCCGCCCGUCUUUAUCACCGUGUUCAUUGUCGGGACGGUGUCCAACAUCUGUGGACUGAGAAGCGUGUGUGUGAGCUGGAAGAAAAACGGAAACAUCAACAUCUUCAUGUUCAAUCUCGGGGUGGCGGACCUGCUGUAUCUGUUUACCCUGCCGUUCCUCGUCUACUAUUACGCGCGUGAGAGCGACUGGCAGUUCGGCCAGCCUUUCUGCAAGGUGACGCGCUUCUGCUUCAACCUCAACCUUUAUGGCAGCAUCGGCUUCCUUACCUGCAUAAGCAUCUAUAGGUACCUGGGCAUUGUGCACCCGAUGAAAGUAAUGGGGAAAAUCACCAGUCGCCACUCUCUGGCCAUAAGCGCUCUGGUCUGGGUUUUGGUCAUUAUUCAAAUUACUCCUGAUAUAUUCUUUGACAAGAAUGAUGAAAAAAAAACAAAUUCGUGUUUUGACACCACCUCAACCAACCUGACCAGAUACUACCUGCCAUACAGCAUCAGCUGGACGGUCACCGGGUUUGUCCUGCCUUUGGUCAUCAUUUUGGGCUGUUAUGGACACAUUGUGGUGGUUCUGGCAAAGAACGCCAAUGUCAACCCACUGCUGAAGCAGCGGUGUUUGAAACUGGUCGUGAUUCUGGUCAUACUUUUCUCCAUCUGUUUCAUUCCCUAUCAUAUAUUUCGAAAUUUGAAUCUCACUACCAGGAUUUUGAAACAAGAUGGGCUUUGUCACCACCUCUUCGACGACAUCUACAUUGCACACCAGGUCGGCAGAUUCCUGGCUUGUCUAAACAGCGCGAUAAACCCGCUGAUUUAUAUUGUAGGAAAUGACGAUUUCCUGACAAAGUUUCAAGACUUCAGUAAUCGGACCAGGAUGUCUCUUGCCGGACUCAAGAGCGCAAUUAUUUACCGCAAACCCAUGGAAGCGGACGUGGAUUUACCCGCAGACACGUGCAACAGUUUCGACAAGACGAGUGGAUAGGACGCAGAAUCAGUUAACUCGAGUUGCUCUUCCUUGUCUGUACAUGUCUCCCACCGCCAGCACUUCCACAGAUCCUUGAACAAAGUACGUGACUGCGACUGAUGAUUGUGCUUAAAGGAGGACUGGCGAGGGGUAGGUCACUGAGGUGUCAGUGCACAGAGAAAGUCAAAUGUCCGGAUGGUUCCCUGGAUGUUACCAAAAAGACUUAAAGCUGAAGCUCCAGCUCAUAUAGCUCUGUUUUUUAACUGUUCCAAGUGUUAAGCAUUGUAACAACCUAUAUAUUUUUAUUUUCUGCGUAUUUAGUUCACCUCAAAUCUUUCUUCUGUACAGUGCAGCAGAAAGUAUAGGUAUGCUGUUGACACUUAUUUGUGUUAUGUGCUACACUGCCCUACCUUUGGACAGUUAGAUGAAGCUUUGUUAUACUUCACCAUGAGUUGUAUUUUUCACCUCAACACUUGUUAUGUAACCGACUGAGACUCAAACCAUAAAAGGGAUUUUAACAGCACUUGUUUUAGGAGUCUGGCACAGCCUAGUUACUGCCGUUUGUUUAGAGAAAACAGACAUAAAAUACACCAACAGCUAUGUAUGAAACUGGAGUGGACAGUCUGAAGUAGAAAUACCACUAAAACUUUUCAAGUGCUCUCUUAUUUCUUCUUCUUUUUAACCUAAAUAAAUAAAAGUAAAAUCAUCAAAUGUAUCCGCGUGUCACAAAGGUGAAAUAAUUUAAUUAUAUCUCAUACAGAUGGGUAGCAAAGGCGAUGCACAUUAUGCGGAACCCUCACGCGGUUCCAUUGAAGUAUGUGUGUCAAACAUGCACCGUGGGAAUAAAAGUUGCUCUAAGGUUUCAGUCUGGUCCACUGUGGUGCUUUGCAAAGUGUAAAAAUCGCAGAGAAGAAUUGAUAACGAAUAUACUGCCAUCUCUGCUAUGGGGAAACCACCAUUACGCAGGAAUAAGAAUACAGUCAAAUACAAAGUAUUUCUAUACUCAAAAACGCGAAACUGACUGGUUAUUACAUUUACAAAAGUCUAACUUGUAGACCCCACCCCACACCACAAUGAUAAGUAUAAGGGGAAGAGAAUGGAUGGAUGGAGUGACAGCUAUGUGAAAGUUGUUAUAAAUCAAUUAAAGCUUUAUAUUAACCAGACUCUAAGAAUCAUGGAAGAAACAUAACCAUGGAUUGGAUUUCCACAUUAAUAAAUUAUUCUCCAUAAGCAUUCACUACUUUUGUUGGACUGAUGUAAUUUGCAUGGGUUGGAUCAGCUCAGUUAAAUUAAGUUGAACUCAACCGCAGUAAGUUUAUUCAUCAUUAUUUUUGUGGGCCAUUAAAAGGUAAAACUGUUGUUUUUUUAGUUCCAAAACUUGUUUUGUACAGACACAAUAGCGUUAUUUUUUAAUUUCAUUUUUAAAGACGCACUUUAAACACUAGAUCUCUGUUUUUCAAAUGGUUGCUUUAUUAAAAUAAGGAUUUUGCUCAUCUUUACAAUAAAAGAAAGUGUGACAUGGUCGGGUUUUUGUUGGGUCCUUUUGGGGCUUUUCUGGUUAUUGUGAGGUUACUGUAUUACGAGUUUUUAGUUUACUUUUCAUUGUUAUUCUUGAGUUCUAGUUUUGAUUUAUUAUUAUGUUUCUAGGACUAUUCUAACAUUCUAAGUGGUGUUUUAGAAGGAUGCUUUGUGUGUUAGUUGAACAUAGCCUCUCCUGUGCUUUUCUAUGUUUAAUUAAUUGUCCAUGUCUUAUCUUUAAAUCUAGUUUGCAGGGCUGUUUUCAGGGUUUGGGGCCCAGUUAAGAAAAAAAAAUCACUUUGGGCCCGACCACUUUACUAUUGCAAACCAUGCCAGCCCUAAAGCUGUAAUACUUUGCAGACAAGGAUCAAUAUUCUGUUUAAAUAAAUAGAUAUUUUUAUUUUAUGCAUGACUGAUGAGAUAUGUGCAAGCCAUUUUUUACAUUUUAAUAUUUUCAUUGAUACCAUUAGAUUAAAAACUAUUCAUUUAUUUAUUUAUUUAUUGUUUAUUUAUUUUACAGUGAUUGGUACUUUACACAAAAUAUAAAUAUAUAAUAUAUAUAUUAACUUUUGGAUGGAAGUACAUUUAAAUUCUUAUCCAUAAAAUGGUGUAAAAGUAUUUUUUAUAAUAUUAGGUAUUGGAAAACAUUAUAAUUCAACAAGGUAUAGCCAACCAAAAUAGGUUUAAAUGUGAUUUUGCUUACUGGAAGCUCUGGCUACCUGCAGCACUCACAGGCAGUGUGCAAAACAUAUGCAGAGCAAUGCACACUUGUCCAAAAAUGCUCUUUAUGUGAUGUUAUAAUGAUAAUGGAUUAUUAAUCAAAUUACAAAAUUAAUAGUGUGUGGGGGGAAAGUCCUAAAUGGCAUCCUGCAAUUAGACAUGUUUUUUUUACUUAAAAGAACUUACCUCAUUCUUCACAUAUCAGUGGGGCUGGUUCAGUGUCAGGAGUGUGGGUGUGAGGAUACAGCAGCCUGAGCCAGAGGUUUGAUCUGUUUGGCCUCGCAACAGGUCAGCAGAUAAGUGAUUUAGUACACAUAUGUACAAAGGGUCUGCCUGCACCAAUUACAUGUUGGCUAAAAUAACUCAAACAUGUUAUUUUCUGUUAGAAAUUAAAUAUAUUAGCUAAUAAAGUCAAACAGUGUCCGUGGACUUUUAUUUGUUUCAUUUCCCCCUGUCUCUCUUUUCUUUUUUUAAAUACAGACUUCACUUUAAACUGAGCCAUCCUAACAUAUUUAUCUUACUGCUCAGCAUCAGCUAGGAGCAAGUGCACCUGGACCAAGCCAAACUGAACUGGCGAGGUCAGAGGCUGACUGGAUUUUAUUGUUUGUUUCAAAAGAAAAAAAGAAAAAAUGAAGACUAGUUGAGUGUUUUGUAGGACUCCUGUCAGUCAUGAGCCCUUAGAAUCGUCAUCACUUUUGUCCCCCUUACAAGUUAGUUACUUUUAGUUAGUUAAAUUUUUUGUGGGUUCUAUUUUGCCUUUACUUUUACUUCCCCAUCCCUUGAUAUGUAAACUGACUUCAGCUCUUGUGCUUUUAUACCCCCAUGUAGCAAAAUUACGCACAUUAAAGUUUAUGGUAGCCUCUCUGGUUACCCCACUAACAUGUCUUUGAGAGUAAGCCAGAGAGAACCCAUGUAAACUCCACACAGAAAGGCUCAGGCAUUUUGGUGGAUUUGAACUCAGGACCCUGUUACUGUGAGAUAACAGUGCUAACCAUCAUGCUACCAAGCCAUCCAUACUUAACAAAUGUAGGCAAACUACAAUAAAAAGGCUUGACACAGAAUUUUCUUUACAUGUCUGUCCUUGACAGGUUAAGCUACAAUAAAUAGCAAUAACAUAGACGUGGUGUGUGUAUGCUUUUCUGCCUCUU